AUGUCCGCAAACAGUUCCCCUCCAUCAUCCCAGAAGUCUGUAUUGCCUGCAACUCUUCCUGCUGUGCUUCCAACCCCUUCUCCAUGUUCAAGUCCUAAGACCGGACUCUCUGCCCGACUGUCCAAUGGAAGCUUCAGUGCGCAGUCACUUACCAACUCCAGGGGCUCCGUACACACAGUUUCAUUUCUACUGCAGAUUGGCCUUACACGGGAGAGUGUUGCCAUUGAAGCCCAGGAGCUCUCAUUAUCUGCUGUCAAGGAUCUUGUGUGCUCCAUUGUUUAUCAAAAGUUUCCAGAAUGUGGGUUUUUUGGCAUGUAUGAUAAGAUUCUUCUCUUUCGCCAUGACAUGAACUCAGAAAAUAUUUUGCAGUUGAUAACCUCGGCAGAGGAGAUACAUGAAGGAGAUCUAAUUGAAGUUGUUCUUUCAGCUUUGGCUACAGUAGAAGACUUCCAGAUUCGCCCCCAUACUCUCUAUGUACAUUCUUACAAAGCUCCUACUUUUUGUGAUUAUUGUGGAGAGAUGCUUUGGGGAUUGGUACGUCAGGGCCUGAAAUGUGAAGGCUGUGGACUAAAUUAUCACAAACGAUGUGCCUUCAAGAUUCCAAAUAACUGUAGUGGAGUAAGAAAGAGACGUCUGUCAAAUGUUUCCCUGCCAGGACCUGGCCUCUCAGUGGCACGACCCCUACAGACAGACUGUGUGGUCCCGUCCAGUGAAGAGUCACAUGUUCACCAAGAACCAAGUAAGAGAAUUCCUUCGUGGAGUGGUCGCCCAAUCUGGAUGGAAAAGAUGGUCAUGUGCAGAGUUAAAGUUCCACAUACUUUUGCUGUCCACUCUUACACGCGUCCCACAAUUUGUCAGUACUGCAAGCGGUUACUGAAAGGCCUCUUUCGCCAAGGAAUGCAGUGUAAAGACUGCAAAUUCAACUGCCAUAAGCGCUGUGCAUCCAAAGUGCCAAGAGAUUGCCUUGGAGAGGUUACGUUCAAUGGAGAACCUUCCAGUUUGGGGACAGAUACAGAUAUCCCCAUGGACAUUGACAGUAGUGACAUAAACAGUGAUUGUAGUCGAGGCUUGGAUGACACAGAAGAGCCAUCUCCCCCAGAGGAUAAAAUGUUCUUCCUGGAUCCAUCUGAUCUUGAUGUUGAGAGAGAUGAAGAAGCUGUUAAAACAAUCAGGUGUACCUGUUGGGUUCAAAUGCCAUCCUUUCACUUGGCAGCCCAGCAUUUAACCCAUCUCACCAUGGGAGUUUCCUAUAGCACCACCAACCCCAUUGCUGUGGAGUCAAUUCCACGGAUGAGAAAGAGGCAUUACUGGAGACUUGACAGUAAAUGUCUAACACUGUUUCAAAAUGACUCUGGAUCAAAGUAUUAUAAGGAAAUCCCACUUUCAGAAAUUCUUCGUAUUUCUUCACCACAUGACUUCACAAACAUUUCACAAGGCAGCAACCCGCACUGUUUUGAGAUCAUCACUGAUACGAUGGUAUACUUUGUGGGUGAGAACAAUGGAGACAGCGCUCAUAAUCCAGCUCUUGCUGCCACUGGAGUUGGACUUGAUGUAGCACAGAGCUGGGAGAAAGCAAUUCGCCAAGCCCUCAUGCCUGUGACUCCCCAAGCAAGUGUUUGCACUUCUCCAGGACAAGGGAAAGAUCACAAAGAGUUGUCUACUAGUAUCUCUGUAUCUAAUUGUCAGAUCCAGGAAAAUGUGGACAUCAGUACCGUUUACCAGAUCUUUGCCGAUGAGGUGCUUGGCUCAGGCCAGUUUGGCAUUGUUUAUGGAGGAAAACACAGAAAGACUGGAAGGGAUGUGGCUAUUAAAGUAAUUGAUAAAAUGAGAUUUCCAACAAAACAAGAAAGUCAACUCCGUAAUGAAGUGGCUAUUUUACAGAAUUUGCACCAUCCUGGGAUUGUCAACCUGGAAUGUAUGUUUGAAACCCCUGAGCGGGUCUUUGUAGUAAUGGAAAAGCUGCAUGGAGAUAUGUUAGAAAUGAUUCUGUCCAGUGAGAAAAGUCGUCUUCCAGAACGAAUUACUAAAUUCAUGGUCACUCAGAUACUUGUGGCCUUGAGGAAUCUACAUUUUAAAAAUAUUGUGCACUGUGAUCUGAAGCCAGAAAAUGUGCUGCUUGCGUCAGCGGAACCAUUUCCUCAGGUGAAGCUGUGUGACUUUGGUUUUGCCCGAAUCAUUGGUGAGAAGUCCUUCCGGAGAUCUGUGGUGGGAACUCCUGCCUACUUAGCACCUGAAGUUCUCAGAAGCAAAGGCUACAACCGUUCCCUGGACAUGUGGUCAGUGGGCGUCAUUGUGUACGUGAGCCUCAGUGGCACAUUUCCUUUUAAUGAAGAUGAAGAUAUAAAUGACCAAAUCCAAAAUGCUGCCUUUAUGUACCCACCAAAUCCAUGGAGAGAAAUUUCUGGUGAAGCAACUGAUUUGAUAAACAACCUACUUCAAGUGAAGAUGAGAAAACGUUACAGUGUUGACAAAUCUCUUAGUCAUCCCUGGCUACAGGACUAUCAGACUUGGCUUGACCUUCGAGAAUUUGAGACUCGCAUUGGGGAGCGUUACAUUACACAUGAGAGUGAUGAUGCUCGCUGGGAAAUACACGCAUACACACACAACCUGGAAUACCCAAAGCACUUCAUCAUGGCUCCCAAUCCAGAUGAUAUGGAAGAAGAUCCGUAA